CCGCUGAUCCUCGCCGCCGCCAACAGCCACGUGGCGCUCGUGAAGGAGCUGCUGGACCAAGGCGCCGAACCCAACGCCACCAGACAUACGGGGACUGGGGCGUUGUUCUUCGCUGCCCAGGGCGGCUUCCUCGACAUCGUCACCAUCUUGCUCGAUAAUGGCGCCAAAAUCAACCAGGCCUCGAAGGACGGCGGAACUGCGCUCAUCGUGGCAGCGCAGUGCGGUCACCUGGACGUUGUGACCGAGCUGCUGCGACGCAACGCCGACCCCAACAGCGCCAUGAAGGACCGAGCCACCGCGGUCUUCGUCGCAGCACAGAACGGCCACACCAGCGUCGCCAGGACUCUCCUCAACGCCGGGGCCAAGGCCAACGUGAGGCGGUUGGACGGCGCUAGCCCACUGUGGAUUGCGUCACAAAUGGGACAUCAAGGUGUUGUGCGUCUACUACUGAGUCAUGGUGUCAACCCAGAUAUCUGCAGACACGAUGGAGCAACACCUUUGUUCAAGGCUGCCCACAAGGGACAUGUGGAGGUUGUCCAUGAGCUGCUUCCGUAUAAGCCUUGUCUGGGUCUCCUAAGGAAUGGAGAAUCUGCUCUGCAUGCAGCAGCAUUGUAUGGUCAUGUCCGAGUCUUAAAGGCACUGGUGCAAGCAGGUGCUGAUCCCGGCCUCAAGAAUGAUCAGGGUCUUACCCCAAUCCAGAUUGCUGCUCAGGCUCGACACCCAGAGGCCGUCCAGCUACUGAAAGAUGCCCAGUCUAAAAGGAAAGAAGGAGCGCAAACACCACCCAAACAGACAUCACCUGGGCCACGAUCCCCUCGCCUUGUGCAGAGCAUGAGUGGCAAUGUUACUUCAGGGCUAGGGAGUCAGAGUAGCAGCCGAGGUUCUUCUCGAAAUAGUUCCUUAGGUACUAUUGUAGAAACCAGCCCAGUACUGCCGCGCUCUGUAAGCUCUCCAAGUAACUCGCGUCCUGCCCAGUAUGUUUCAUGUGAAUUGAGUAACAUUGUGGAUGGUGGAGCACGUCCAAGAUGCCAUGGAGGUACUGGUUCUUGUACAUCUGUUGCUGGCCACAAUGCUUCUUCUAACCCUUCGCCAUCUCCUAGUAUUUCCAGUGAACCUUCACAGUCCAUGAUCACAGCCCUGCAGAAGGCCCCACGACAUGCCUCUCACACUGAUGUCAGCAGUGUUAAAAACAUUUUCCGUAGAACUCUUGCAUCCUUUAGGCGAUCCAGUAUAGCAAAAAGAAGUGACAAACCACACGAACCAUGACAACUCUCAAUGGCCUCUUUAACUCCCCUUUUUCCAUACUUGUUUGCUUUCCAGACUGUAUGAUAUUUUCAGUACAAACGCCUAAUAAAUCUCUGGUGAUAUUAGGAUAGAAGGACUUAUAUCGGGAUGUUCUAUUUAGGAAUUCAUGGUGCUGAAAUUUUAAAAAAGAAAACUGAAAUUAUGAAAAGCUAUCCGGAGAAGUUAUGAUAUGUUGGUGUAUUACAACAGUGUUUUACUUUUUUUUAACAUCGAUUGUCUUUAAUACAAAGAGCCUUUUAAAUAUUUAUCAUUAUAUUAUUGUUAAUAUACCAUUUAUGAGUUGGUAGAAAAGCCUAAUAAGUGAUGAAUGUCGUGCCACUUUUUGCCUGAAUGUUUCUCAGGUGUCAGGUUUUGGUGAAGCAGCAAUGGAGACUAGUAUUGUCUCCAGAAGUACCUUGGUGUAACUUAUGCAAGGCACGGUAAAUGGAAGUUCAAGAUUUAUUUCAGUAUGAGGUGGUUAUUGUUUUAUUAUUAUAAAAAAGUUAACAUUUAAAUUACAAUAGGAGAGAAUAGUGAUAGGACACUUAAGUUAUUGUCUGUAGAGCAAAAAAUUAUAAAUUACUGGGCAACUGGUUUUG